UGUUUUUGUUUUUGGUCAAAAAAAUGUCCUGAGGACUUUCAACUAGAUGGAGAUUAAGAGGCUUUUUCUCUUUGUGAGCGCUUUGUGUUUGACUCCGCUGACUUCGCCACAGGACAGCUGUGGGCAGCGAUCCCUCGUAGCCCCCCCAGGUAUGUCUCGGAUAGUGGGGGGUCAGGAGGCUCCUGAGGGGGCGUGGCCCUGGCAGGUCAGCAUCCAGAUCAUGUCCAGGCACCACUGUGGCGGGACGAUCCUCAACAGCCUCUGGGUGCUCACUGCCACACACUGCUUCUACAAAUACCUAUGGAUCAGCAGAGCCUAUUUCCGUGUGGUGGCCGGGCUUAAUGUUUUAUCCGCUCCAGGAGAUCAUGUCCAGAUCCGUUCCAUCAGUGCAGUCAAAAUGCACGAGGACUACAAUGACGCCACAUCUGACAAUGACGUGACGCUGGUGCUCCUCAGCUCUCCCUUCAACUUCACUGACCACGUCCAACCCAUCUGCACUCCUCAUAAUGUGACCCAUGAGUUCAACCUCAACUUCAGCCACUGUUUCAUCUCUGGAUGGGGGAGCACCUAUUACAAAGGCAGGCCGAUGAACAGAUUGCAGGAAGCUGAGGUUGAGCUCAUUGACAGGAGAAGAUGUAACCUGAUCACCUGGUACGCUGGCCUGGUCACUGAGAACAUGAUCUGUGCUGGAGUAGAGAGCGGAGCAGCUGAUGCUUGUCAGGGUGACAGCGGAGGCCCUCUGCAGUGCUACAGCGAGAACGAGGAGAGGUUUUAUGUGGUCGGAGUGGCAAGCUUCGGGGAAGAGUGCGGACUUCCUCACAGGCCGGGGGUGUACGCACGAACCAGCAGGUUCGCAGGUUGGCUGAAGACAAGUCAGACAGCAUCAGUGUCUACUGUACACAGACUGAACACAAGACUGAUCCCAGCUAUGCUCAGUGCUGCUCUGAUGCUGCUCUGAAACAUCCAGUCUGUCAUCAAUAAAUAACACUGCUAUACUAGAGACAGUUUAGAAUGUUUCCUUUACAUGAAGCCAUCAGGGCUAACCCCAUUGACUCAGUAGGAUUUUUUUUUUCUUUUUUUUUAACAUAACCAGUCCGCGUGAUUAACCUGCUAGAUCUACCAGUGCUCGUUCAAAGGCCUGUGUGUGAUGAAUUAGAGUGACAGUCUCCAACAUAAACACAGCAUUUUCUCCCAAAGUUAGAACAGUUUUGGUUAUUUCACAUGAGAGCUUUAUAUGUUUUUGUUUUGUCUUCAUUCACCAAAUAAAUGCACAUAGCCCGUGGCCAGUUCUCCAAGAGGUUUGGAACAACCUACCUGCCAAGUACCUUUGUAAACAGUGUGCAGAUGUACCCAGGAGAACUAGAGUUGUUUUAAAGUCAAAGUGUGGUCACACCAAAUAUUGAUUUGAUUUAGUGUUUUUCUGUUUACUGCACUUCCUGUGACUUUAACUGACAAAAACUAUUCUUGGCAUCAUUUUUUAAAGCAUCCUCACUUUACUUGUGUAGUGCCUAGAGCUUUUGCACAGUACUGUAAAUAUAUAAAAAUAGAUAAAUGAUAAAUGAAGAAAAGCCUAGCAGGAAAAACUGCAAAUAUGGUUUCCUUUUGAUAUCCUGUAUUUCUAUAGAAAAGAAAGGUUGGGAAUGAAAACAUGUUGGAAAUAAAACAGUUUCUCAAUGAAAUAAGAGAAUUCACAAAAUGUGUUAGAGAUUACAAUACUUGUGUUGUCAUAGUAACAAAUGAGAUGAGUAACAUUAGUGAUCCUGAAAACUUAAAUCAGAGCAUACAUUGUUGUUUCACAUUUAAAAUGUUGGUGUUUCAUCAGCAUGUAGUGUUUUGUCUGUGUUCCUCUCAUUGGUUUAGAGUUAGCUGAUGUCACAUUCUGUACUUCCCAUGCACCAAUCAGAAUUCAUCUAUUUAAGACUUGGAAUCAGAAUGUGAUGACAGUUGGUCUUUCAGUAGUUGUACAUUUGUUGGUUAUGAUGUAAAGUGUAUGUUUUGUUGAAAAUGAGACAAAUAAAACAUACAGUGGGGUCUUUUUAUUUCAGUAAGACAGCUUUCAGUGUCUUUAAAGACAUACUUUAUGAAGUAAUAAGUUGUGUGUGGUUUGUAGGAACUUCUGAAUGGUAGAUGUGGACAAAACUGACUAUAACUGGACUGUGACAGUGUCUCAUAAAGUAAAUAAACUGACACCUGGUGGAAGGAAGCUGCUAUUUUUUUCUGUAAUGCAGCAGCUGAUUCCUGAAGCUUUCAGAGACAAGAAAAAGCACAAGAAAGUCUGACAAAGCAUUUUUUUUUUUUAUUUGACAUGAAACACAUCCAAUGACAGUGUGACAGUGUUUUUGUCAAGUAAGACAUGUUGUUAGAAGUUAUCGCACCAUUGACUAGUUUAGAAUGUCUUUGCUGCAGCUCGACGAUGCAUAGUGAACAGACAGUCGUUGAGGUAUACAUUGUGGGCCCUUGAGUUUUUGUGACUUUUGUGUGAAAGAUCCUAAUUUCAUUUACCUCACAUGUACAUUUUACAUUUUGUGCUUAGAAUAACUUUGGAGGUUUGAAAAUGUAUCGCCAUUUCCUCACAACACGACAACUUGAGAACUGAAAUAAAUAUUUAAAUGGAAAAUGUCGACUUGCAUUGUCCUGGUGGUGGAGUUGCCUGUUGAGGGAUUUAAUUAUUUUUUUUCAUCAGAUCUCAGAGCUGAUGAAAAGCGGUGAUGAUGAACAAUUUUAGCACUGAGCAGUGAGUAAAAACUUUGAAGAUGUUGGCAUGGAAAAAGAAUGACUUAUUUUCACACACAGAAGGGCAUCCAGGAAGAAACUUUGUAAUGACAUUGGAGGACAAAAGUCUGUCAACUUUCCCUUAUUGAAUAGCACCAAUGUCUAUUGAAAAGGCUUGAAGGGCAACAUGAAAUUAUAAAACUUUAUUAAAACUUGUCGGAGUGAAACAGUAGCAACAAAGCAAUUAUCACACAGCAGCUCAGAAGUUUCAGUUUGUUAUUCAUGAGUGACUCUAACUUGUCCCAGAUACUGGCUCGCAUACAUGUUGUCAGUGUCCAUCACUGAAUGAAAAGUGGUUUAUAUCGAUGUACUGUAUUGUGUGUCAAGCUGCUUCUAAAGCAAACCAGCUGUUUGCAGAAGUUGUGCAGUUUUAAAGAAAGAUUAUAUCAGGAAAAUAUUGAUGAAAACCCUAUAAAAUAUAUUAAAUUCCAAUUUUGGAUGAAAAGAAUUAAAAAUACAGUGGAGGCGACAUUUAAAAAAAAAGAAGAAGAAAUAAUAAAAAAUGGUUUAAUAUUCUGGGAUCAUUUUCUUACAAAAGACAAACCUUGUUGCACCAGAAAAGCCAAAUAUCACUAUUAAACUGGACACACGCACUCACACGCACUCCCUCUUGUACAUGCACACACAGACACAAAGUUAUAUUGGGAAAGUGCACAUUGUUCCUGCCAAAAUAAUCUGAAACCUUUUUUUCUGUUUUGCAAUGUGAUACCAUUAAAUUAACAAUGCAGAAAAAUGCUGUCAAGUAUGAAAGAUCAGUCAAGUUUUUUUUUCUAAUCGACAAAGUUCAUUUCCAUGUACACAUGAACACCAGUAAUACAGUAUUUGACCUCUAGAAUACAGUAUACAGACAAUAUCCUUACCCUCAUUUAUCACCUCCCUUUUCCUGUUAAAGGAGGAUUCUGCCAUUUUUAAAUCACAAGUUGCUUGCUGAUUGCUGUUCAUUCUUAAUUUAACUUCGUUUUUUCAGUGUUACAGACAUUCAGAAGGAAUUGGUUUAAAAUGGUAAUGGUGAAAUGAAAAAGACAUGAAUGCAAACUUAAAAACUACAAGACACCCCCUCUCCUCUAAAAAAGAACAAUUAUGAUAUGAAUGGGUUUUGAGGAACAGACCUUUACAUACACUAAUGUUACAGCCAGAGAGGAGUGACUAAAUGUAUAAAGAACUGUGGAUCCACAGGUUUAGUAAGGCAAAGUUCUGUCCUCAUUCUUGAUAUCUUUUUUUUUUUUAAGAAAUUCAUAAGUCCAUAAUCGGAAAUACCACAAUGGCGCAAUUUCAAAGGCACUGUUCUGCCUUCUGAUUAUUUACCACAUCGACUGUGACAUUGACAUUAAAUGUUGAUGUUCUUUGUUUUAGGAUGGGAAACUGCACACAGACAUAAAGCUAGCAGCUCACUUCAGUUCAAGUGACAGUGAAUUAUCCUGUGAAACUCUCUCUAGCCUUUGACAAAAAAAAAAAAAAUCAACUCAAGGUUACUUACUCACUUCUUCUGAAGCUUUGAAUCAUAUAGAAUGGUCGUCAGCAGCAGAGUUUGCUCAGCUUGUUGACUUAUAGAUGUUCAAACCUUCCUUUAUUCUGAGCAGUUUUAGAUCUUUUAGAAGUCCAUGACAACUGUGAGAACUUUGUAAGUUAAUGAAGGCAGUGUGAUAUGGUCAAAAGUCCCAGAACAAGCAAGUGAGUUUAGUUUUUUUUGUUUUGUUUUUUUUUGGUCAACAGCUGUUUCCAA